AUGGAUCUGCUGCUGGUGGUGAACACGAGCCUGGGCUCCCCCCCAACGAGCCUGGCGCUGCCCCCCUCCUCUCCGUCCUCCUCUGCCCUCCUGCAGCCGCCCUCCCCCUACUCCCCGGCGGCCGUGGCCGGCCUGGCGGCGGUGGUGGGCUUCCUCAUCGUCUUCACCAUCGUGGGCAACGUGCUGGUGGUGAUAGCUGUGCUCACCAGCCGGGCGCUGAGAGCCCCCCAGAACCUCUUCCUGGUGUCCCUGGCCAGCGCGGACAUCCUGGUGGCUACCCUGGUCAUGCCUUUCUCCUUAGCCAACGAGCUUAUGAAUUACUGGUACUUCGGCAAAGCUUGGUGUAACAUUUACCUGGCGCUGGAUGUGCUCUUCUGCACCUCCUCCAUCGUCCACCUGUGCGCCAUCAGCCUCGACAGGUAUUGGUCAGUCACACAGGCGGUGGAGUACAACCUCAAACGGACCCCCCGGCGGAUCAAGGCCAUCAUCCUCACUGUCUGGCUCAUUUCAGCUGUCAUCUCCUUCCCACCAUUGAUCUCCAUGUACCGGGACCCUGAAGAAGAUGGCUUUCCCCAGUGCAAGCUCAAUGAUGAGACAUGGUACAUCCUUUCUUCUUGUAUUGGCUCUUUCUUUGCCCCCUGCCUCAUCAUGGUGUUGGUCUAUAUCCGUAUCUACCGCGUGGCCAAGCUAAGGACCAGGACCCUCUCUGAGAAGCGUACGAUGCCAGAGGGGUCCUCCCAGACUGAGAAUGGCUUGAGCCGUGCUGCUGGUGGCUGCACAUCCCUGAGGAUGCAGCUGGGAGAGAAUGGACAUUAUUCAGUGCACCACUGGCGCAAAGCCUCUGAGCUGGAGGACAUUGAGCUGGAGGAGAGCAGCACCUCAGAGAGCAGACGGAGGCGGAGCCGGGAGGAGCAUCCCCGCAAAAGCAGCAAGAGCCAGUCCUUCUCCUACUCGUAUUCCUCCAAGCAUUCUAGCCGUCUGUCCCGCUCUAGCAAUCGCUCCAUGCAGUUCUUCUCAUAUCGCCGUCGCCGGAAGCGUAGCAGCAUCUGCCGUAAGAAAGUCACCCAGGCCCGGGAGAAACGCUUCACUUUUGUGCUGGCCGUGGUCAUGGGGGUCUUUGUAGUUUGCUGGUUCCCUUUCUUCUUCAGCUACAGCCUCUAUGGUAUUUGCCGGGAGGCAUGUGAGGUCCCUGAGACUCUCUUCAAGUUCUUCUUCUGGAUUGGGUAUUGCAAUAGCUCCCUCAACCCAGUUAUCUACACCAUCUUCAACCAGGACUUCCGCAGGUCCUUUAAACACAUUCUCUUUAAGAAGAAGAAGAAGAACUUCCGGCAUUGA